AUGCACAACUUCUUUCUCGCUCAACUCCUCCUGGCGGUUACCGUCUUCGCCAACACUGCCUUUGGUCAUGCCAUUUCCAACCCCGGUCCGGCCGUGGUCGUCCGCCAGGCGGCCCCCGUAGCCGCCAACCCCCAAUCCACCAUCAUGUCAUGCGCCGAUUACAGCCGCAUUGCCAACCUGUCAACCAUUGGUGCCAACAGCACGUACCGCGCCACCUUCUUUGCCGCCUCGCCCAACGGCAACCAAUACAAUGCCGAGGUCCUCGACACCGCCAUCGCGAAGCUGCCCUCUGUCAUCAUGGACAAGGCCCUCAACGACGCCUGCGGCAACCUGACGGCCCUUGCGCUUGUCGAGGCCGAGCGCAACUUCACCCAGCGUAUUGUGGCGCAGUUUUCCAACAUUCCGGUCCCCCCGCCUUUGAAGACCGGUCCCAUCAUCGGCAUCGUGUGCCUGAGUAUUGUCAUGUUUUGCGGAAGCUGGGUUGCUAUGCCGUAA